AUGGCGCUCACUUUGCAUCCCUCCAAACCUUCGGUCGUCUUGUAUCGCUAUGACGCGUCCCCUUUUGCGCGCAAGAUCAGCAAUCUACUGCUGCUGAAGAACAUCCCGCACUACGAAGUUGACGUCUCGCGUGCUCCCCCACGCCCGGAACUGUCCUCUUUGCUUGGCAUAUCCUACCGCCGCAUCCCCGUCCUUGCUAUCGGCAAUGAUGUUUAUUGCGAUACAAGCCUCAUCGCCUCCGUUCUUGAACGCGCAUUCCCUCCUGAACAAGGAUACGGGACACUGCAUCCGGAUAUAAGAGGCUCUAAGACCAAUCCAGGCCUGCUUACCUUUGAAGCCAUAUCUACCACAUACGCUGGAGAAAAGUUGUUUCAGCUGGCGGUUGCUGGCCUGCCGUGGGAGGCACUUCCGGACGCCUUCAUUAAGGACCGGAGCUCGUUCUUUGGAGCGCCGAUUGACCCCCAAGCCAUGGCUGCUCGUCGGCCUACCGCGUUCAGCACGCUUUCGUCACAUCUGUCCCUUCUGGAAUCUCAGCUCACCGAUGGCCGCGAAUGGCUAUUGAGCACCGACUCUCCGAGCGUGGCUGACAUAUCAAUUCAUUUCAUCUAUAACUGGAUCGCUCCAUUCCCUGCAGUCAAAAAAUCGAAUCUGCUUGACGCGCACAGAUUUCCUUUGGCCACAGCGUGGCUAUCUCGCGUUUCGAUGUUCCUAGCACAGUCCAAGAAGGCUGGCAAGGGUGCCGUCACCAAGGCUACCGGUCAGGAAGCUGCGCAGCUCAUCACUGCCACGUCGGGGACCGUGCACGCUUUAACAUUUGAUGCCGUUGAAGCGCAAAGGCUACAGGUUACGGCUGGGAUGCAUGUUGCAAUCGCACCCGAGGAUACAGGCCGCAACGUGGCCACUUACGGCAAGCUGGUCGGUUUGAAUCGUUCAGAGAUUGUCAUCGAAACCAAAGGUACCGAAGGCUCUGUCCGUUGUCAUUUCCCUAGGAUUGGUUUCACUGUCAAAGUGAACGAGAACGUGUUCAGCAAGGUGGUCGACCCUGUAAAGAGCAAAAUCUGA